UGAGUGGCCUCACAUUCCGGUACAGUAGGCGGCGGUGUAUGCACCAUAAAGUUGCAAACAACGUGCCAACCCAAUCCUGAAGAAGUUCGUGACCCGGAAGUACAUUUUUCAACGUUGCGAACAAUAUAUAUAUUUUUAAGGUUUUUAAUGUUUGUGAAACGUGUAAUUUGAAUAUAAUUUGCUAUCGGAUAAAGUAGACUUUGAUAUUAGCAAACUGACUACAAACUUUGACUCAAAGAAAAAUUUCGAAAAGCCUUAUCGUUUUGCUAUUGGAUACAAUUAAUCUGAUUAGUCAGGUAAACUAGCUCCAGCAUAGCUAGUAGUUAGCAAUGUAGGACGUCGUUCUGAAGAAUCGGAGUAAUUCACGAUGGAUGAGGAUUCUGCAGACCUACCCAACCCCCCAGAUUCACUGGUUUCUGACUGUAAUUAUAGUGGCGUGGACAACUGCAGAUUUAACAUUGUGGUCAAAGAGGAGCCUGAAGAUGUAGACUGGCAUGUGGAUGGAACUGCAGAGAGACUGGACCGCCGCUCUAGUAAUGAGGCAAGUCCUCCUACAUCUGGGAAAUCAGAAAAGCAUCAGGAGAAUCACAGAGUAGAGAAAUCUAAUGUUUGCACACUGCAUGGAAAGCAAUCUACUGUGAAAGGAGACCUGAUCAAACACCAGAAGAGCCACACUGGAGAAAAGCAGUUGGCCUGCCCAGACUGUGGAAAAUGUUUUGCUGUUGCUUCAGUCAUGAGAAAACACAUGUUGACACACACUAGAAAGAAAACGUAUGCCUUCUCCAUGUCUGGGAAGUGUUUUAGCACGCAAAACAACUUGAAAGAUGAGAAGCAAGCCAAAACUGAACGAAAGCCUUACUCCUGUUCUCUGUGUGGAAUGACUUUCUUAAAAUAUACGGCAUACUGGAGGCACAAGCGGUUUCACACAAAACUGAACUUCAGAGAACAUGAACAAUCAUGGACCAGACGAAAGCCUUACUCCUUCUCACUGUGUGGAAUGACCUUCUCAAAAUAUAUGGUGUAUUGGAGACACAAAUGGCUACGCAUAGAAGAGAACCCUCACUCAUGCUCUGCGUGUGGGAAGCAGUUCCAUCAUAAGGAUGCCUUGAAGAAACACCAGAAAGUUCACACAGAAGAGAAUCCUUACUCCUCCGCAAUCUCUGGAAGGUGUUUUGAUUUUUCUGGGGAUGUUAGACAACACCUAUCGACACACUCCGACAAGAAACCUCACUCAUGCUCUGUUUGCGGGAGCAGUUUUGCCAAAGCCCAAACCUUGAAAAGUCACUUCCAGAAACACACAGUGAAGAAAUGUCAUUCCUGCUCUGUGUGCGGGAAGCAGUUUGGUGAGAAGGGAGCUCUGAACAAACACCAGAAAAUACACACUGGAGGGAAACCAUUCAGUUGCUCUAUGUGUGGGAAGGGUUUUUCAUCAUCAGCAUAUCGCAACAAACAUCAGAGAAAGCACAUUGGAGUGGGUGAAGAUGCAGGACAGGGUUCACACCAGCCAGUCUCUGUAGCUGUGGAGGGGUCUGGUCUCACUCUACCUCUUGAUAUUAAAGUGAAGGAAGAGGAAGAAGAUCCAGGUUUUGCAGAGAGAAUUGACGUCUGUUCUUAUAGAAACGAGAGUCCCUGUACAUCAAGAGAACCUGAACAACAGCAGGAGAAUCUUGCAGCUAAGAUCUCCCAUUGCUGUACUGUAUGCGGAAGAGAUUGUGUAAAGUUAUCAAAACUUCGAAUACAUAUGAGAAUUCAUACUGGAGAAAGAUCUUACCCUUGCUCUGAGUGUGGGAAGCAGUUCAGUGUAAAAAAAGUUCUCCAAAACCACCAGAAAAUACACACCACAGAGAAACCUUACACCUGCUCCAAGUGUGACAAGUUUGGUUUUGUUCCAGCCUUAAAAAGACAUCCACAGUUACUCAAGGAUGAGAAACCCAUUUCCUGCUCAAUGUGUGGUAAGGCCUUACAUUCUAGUAAAAACCAAGCCAUUAGGUCCAAGGAACUCUCCAUAGAUUUCAGAGAUAAAAUUGUGUUGAGGUAUAAAUCUGGUGAAGGUUAUAAGAAAAUUGCUAAAGCUUUGAAUGUUCCCAGGAGCACAGUGUGCUCUGUCAUUGUGAAAUGGAGAAAGUUUGGAACCACUGAGACUCUUCCUAGAACUGGCCGUCCAGCCAAACUGAGUAAACGGACAAGACAGGCCUUGGUCAAGGAGGUGACAAAGAACCCAAAGGCUACACUAAAAGAACUUCAGAGUUUUUCUGCAGAGACCGGAGAAACUGCAAAAAGGACAACCAUCUCUGCCGCACUCCAUCAGUCAGGCCUUUAUGGUAUAGUGGCCAGACGAAAGCCACUCCUGAGUAAAAAGCAUAUGACAUGCCGCCUAGAGUUUGCCAAACGGCACUUAAAUGAUUCUGAAAGCAUGAGGGAAAAGAUAAUCUGGUCUGGUGAGACCAAAGUCGAACUAUUAUGUCUGAGUGCCAAGGGCUAUGCCUGGAGAAGACAAGAUACCGCUCAAGUCCUGACUAACACCAUCUCUACGGUGAAGCAUGGUGGUGGGAGCAUCAUGCUUUGGGGGUGCUUUUCAGCGGCAGGCACAGGGAGACUGGUCAAAUUUGAGGGGAAAAUGAAUGGAACAAAAUAUAGAGAGGUCCUUGAAGAAAAUCUCAUCCAGAGUGCACAGGACCUCAGAUUGGGGCAACAAUUCAUCUUUCAGCAUGACAACAACCCAAAUCACACAGCCAAGACAACGCUGGAGUGGCUAAGGGGCAACUCUGUGAAUGUCCUUGAGUGGCCCAGUCAAAGCUCGGACUUGAACCCCAUUGAACUUCUGUGGCGCGACCUGAAGAUUGCAGUUCAGCAACGCUCUCCAUCCAAUCUGAAAGAUCUUGAGAGGAUCUGCAAGGAAGAAUGGGUUAAACUGACCAAAUCCAUGUGUGCAAAGCUGGUUGAGGCAUACCCAGGAAGACUCGAAGCUGUAAUCGCUGCCAAAGGAGAUUUUACAAAGUACUGAAAAGGGCCUAAAUACGUAUGUACAUGAGAACUAUUUUCAAUAAAUUGGCACACAUUUCUAGAUUUGUUUUUUUUUCUUUGUCGUAAUGAGGUAUGGUGUGUAGAUUGAUGGCAAACAAAGUGAUUUAAUAAAUUGAAAAGUUGUUUGGAAGCCAUUGCAAGAGUCCUUUUUAAUGUGGACCAAGUAACCAUAUAAUAAUGGUUCCAGUCAAGACGACAAUCACAUUUAGGAAAUUAUUCAAUUUGAUCUAGAUGACCAGAGUUAAUUUGUCACCAUUGAUAAUCAUAAAUCUGAUUGGGUGGCUAUGAAAUGCAGAGUUCCCCAGGGAUCUGUUCUCGGACCGCUUCUGUUCAAACUCUGUAUGCUACCUCUGGGGCAAAUUCUA